GGCUGGGAUUGGAAGUUUGGAAGAGAGAUUCUAAGGCUUUGUUAUAUCAUAUAUAUUAUGACAAAUUGCAAAAAUAACGAAGGUAGUUAAUAAUAAUAAUAACAAUAAUCUACAGUCCACACCUCCCUCCAAGGUGCAGUUGCUAAUCCAAAUCAACCGCUCCAGAAACAGAAAGCGAAAAGGGAGAGAAAGCGAGGUCUGAUACCAUAUACAUACGCUUCGCUUUGCUUUGCUUUGCUUUUGAAGACACUGUACGGACUACAGUACUACCAUUCAUUUCCACUCAACCUUUCCUUCUGUUAUGGAAAAACACCAUCCCCUUCAACAUCAGGAUAGCAAGGACCUCGACUUGGAUCUCGGACCCGACGACCCUGACCUUGCCCCUCUCCCCCCCACCGUUACUUCCCGGGUACUGCACAUGUUGGGAGACAUCGCAGCAGGUCCCGCUUACAGGUUUUCCCAAUGGCUUGAACUCGUCCGCAAACGUAGUGGCAAACAUCGCGCUUCUGGCUUCCACAACCGCCCUCAUCCACCUUUCGAUAUGCCUUUCGGUGCUGAGGAACUUGUCAAUGAAUCAAUAUCUCUUCCAGCUCCUGAGCAAUCAACUGAAACGAAUUUGUGGGAUAGACUGGCUAAAGCUUCAAUGUUGGAUAUCGAGUCGAGCUCUUUUUCGUGGGAUAGGCUUUUGUCUCUUCACCGCACCGAACACAGUAGUAGCACUGAACAUUCGGAAGAUGAGAUGAAUAAAGCCCUUGAGGUCACUGUAAAUUCUGGUGGAGUCGUUUUCUUUGCACUCUUCAAUCAGCUUGGAUAUGAUGAUAAUCUCCCAAAGGAAGCAGCUGCUGUGAUAAAGAUAUCAUCUUCCAGAAUGGCCACACAAUCUGAGCGCCUUGGUUAUGAAUUUGCUAGGUGGCUCGGGGUUCAAACUCCGCAGGCCAGAGUUAUUCAUAAUUCCAGCACAGAAUGGAUCCAGAUAAAAGAAGCUGCAGAGAAAGCACGAGAUAUUGCCUGUUUGGAGGGUGAUGAGGUUGGUGAAAUGACAUGUUCUGAACUGUUGGAAGCACUUGAAUUUAGCAGAUGCCUUUUUCUGAUGAGCUAUGUGCAUGGAUCUCCAUUGUUGGAAAGCUCAAGUGCAUUUGAAUCACGGGAAAUGGCUGAAAAAUUAGCUGCUGCUAUUGGAAGGAUCUUAUUGUUGGACCUUGUCAUCAGAAAUGAAGAUAGGCUCCCUUGUCGUCUUCUUCGUUGGCGUGGAAAUUCGGCAAAUUUGCUCUUGGCUGAUAGAAUGACAUCUGCAAAUAUGAAUGCACUUGAGGAAGCCUUUGAUUCUGCUAUUAAGCGAUACAAACCAAAAGUCAUUACAACGCUUCAGAAAGAAAGAAGGACAACUUCAGUGGAUAAUAGAUCAAGUUCUAAUUCAGGGUUGGUUUCAGAGGUCUCUGAACUUUGUGAUAUUGUUGAAUCCCCAAAAUCUAGUAACCUAAGUAUAAAAAGUCAAAUAUCAGAUGAAGCAAUGGCAUGUGAUUUUAAUAUUGUGGCUAUUGACUCUGGUGUUCCUCGUCGACCUCCUGCUGGAAAACGUGCUAAUGACCAAUCAAUUUACCCAAAAUUAGUUGAGUUACUACUUAAUAGUUCUGAGUUCUCCUCUAAUCUGUUACAUGACAUUACAGGAGGGAAAUUAGGGUUCCCUUCAUCACCGGAUGCCAACUCAACUUGUGGCAUUCAGCUUAUGGAUAUGAGUUCUAUUGUCCAUGAAUUUCGAUAUGGGUUUCGUGCUGCUCUUAGAGAUUUGCAAGGAUUUCACAUAUUUUUGCUUACCCUUCACCAAAAGUUAGACAACUCAUUACGAGCGUUCAUGAAUAUCAUAAAUAAGUUUCCCAUGGGGGAAUCUGACAAAGAGGAUGCAGGGGUUCCUGAGUCCCAUUUGCAGGGUUCUACAAAUAUUCAUUGUAUAUCUCCACGUGGUAAGGAACGAGCCUCUAGUGAUGGUAAUAUGGAUGUUACUGAGUCAGCUCCAAGAUCAUCAUCAUCAGGUAAUAAAGAAAGCUCAGACUUAUCUUCUCCCUUGUCACGAGAUAGCUCACAAGGAAAGUUAUACAAGGGAAGUGCAGAGCCCAUUCAUAGCCUUCGUUUAACUGCAAAGCUCCGAGACUUUCAUAAAUUUGCCAAGGUUGAUGCUGAAUCAAAUAAAGAAUUGGAUAUGUGGAAUGAAGUGCUAAAGAAUGAAGCUGUUAAACUCUGCCAGGAGAAUAAAUUUAAUACUGGGUUUUUUGAGGGCAGCGAUAGUCAUGGAGUUGUGGAUGCUUAUGAAUUGAAGGUGAGACUUGAGCACAUUCUUGAAAGGAUUGCACUGAUAUCCGAGGCUGCAAAUACAGAAAGGCCUUCUUCAGUUACACCUGCCUUGUUUAUAGGCGGUGCCUUGGCUGCAAGAUCUGUUUACACCCUUCAGCAUCUGGGAGUUACUCAUAUUUUAUGUCUCUGCUCAAAUGAAAUUGGGCAGUCAGAUUCUCAGUUUCCUGAUCUAUUUGAAUACAAAAAUUUUUCAAUAAGUGAUGAUGAAGACUCAAACAUCAGCAGCAUCUUUGAAGAAGCUUCUGAUUUUGUUGAUGACGUUGAAAGAAAGGGUGGGAAGAUCCUGGUUCAUUGUUUUGAAGGGAAAAGCAGAAGUGCCACAUUAGUUCUUGCUUACUUGAUGCUCAGAAAGAGAUACACACUGUUAAAAGCAUGGAAUGCCUUGAAACGGGUUCACCGUCGAGCUCAGCCUAAUGAUGGGUUUGCUAAAACAUUAUUAGAGUUGGAUCGAAAAAUACAUGGAAAGGUAUCCAUGGAGUGGCAAUCACGAAAACCAACCAUGAAAGUUUGCCCAAUUUGUGGGAAAAAUGCUGGACUGAGCAGUAGCUCACUGAAACUUCAUUUGCAAAAAUCACACAAGAAGCUAUCAUCUGGGAGUGUAGACAGCGCAAUGACCAUGGAAAUACAGAAAGCAUUGACAGCUCUGAGAAUCAGUCGCGGAGGAAGCGUGAGCCCAACCCAGAGACAAUCUCUUCUCAUCUUGGAUGAAUAGGCAAAUAUGGAACUUUGGAGUCUCUUUUGGAUUCAUUCCCCUGCCAGGCGAUCACGCCAAAGAGGUAUAGGAACGAUUUGACUCAUCACUUGAGCACCUACCGUUUCCCUUAAUCUAUACUACUAAAAGGCGAUGACUAUUUUAGUCUCUCUCUAUUGCAAGAUUACGCGGUAGAAACUUUUAAUACAAAGUUAUGACUAAAUUUAUUGUAUGAAAUUUUUUAGAGAAAUAUUCAUUAUUCACCGAUAAAAAAAAUGUCAAAUUAUUUCCACCA